AUGCUGGGAACACAGAAGCUAGCAGCUCUUUCGAGCCCCCGUCUUGUUUCUCGGUCCUUAUUGCGCGCCAACGCAGCCAGACAGCUGGAAAAGCGUCGUUGCUUUCAUGCAACUCCUUCACGUCCAGUCUUUAAAGCAGCAUGGCUGCCAAUGCGUCACAUGCGCGUUAAGACCCCUUGGGUAGACGCGCUGGCGCAGAGUCGUGAGCAACAAGCUAAUAAUACGGCUGCAAACGAGGCGCCGCCGAAGCCAGACUUGACUCCUAAAAGGAUGUCUGAUAGUUACUUCUCGGGUAUUCUCCCUCUGGCCCAGGAUAAGUGGCUGCUGGAUUCCUAUCUCAAUGCUUCAGGCCGCAUUCGUCUUGGCACACUCUUCAUGGACCUCGAUGCUCUUGCCGGUGUGAUAGCGUACAGACAUACAGGCGACUCUGUGACCACCGUCACUGCUGCCGUCGAUCGAAUCACCCUGCUCAACCCACUAAAAGAGAUCUGCGACCUAGAACUUAGCGGCCAAGUCACCUAUGCCACCGGCCGAUCAAGCACCGAGAUUUCGCUGCAGGUUGCCAAAGCUCCCGCCGAGGGCGAAAAAGCGAAGCCUGAAGAUGUCUUGAUCACCUGUGCUUUUACCAUGGUCUCAUUGGACCCGGCAACGAAGAAACCUGUCCCAGUAGCGCCACUUUUGAUAGAAACAGAAGAAGAACGGAAACUGUUCCAGAAGGGAGAGGAAAAUUACAAUGCCAAAAAGGCUUCGCGGAACACGACGGGCUCUAUCUUCAAGGCACCCGACGAGGCAGAAACUAAAUUGAUUCAUGACAUGUGGAGCAAGCAGGAAUUCUCUGACAAUCCUGUUCGUUACAUACCAGAACCUCAGAGGAUGAAAACCACAGUCAUCCGGUCAACAAUGAUCAUGCAGCCUGAGGAUCGCAACCGACACAAUUUCAUGAUCUUUGGCGGCUUCCUCCUCCAAAAGACAUUCGAGCUUGCCUUUAGCUGUGCUGCCUCGUUCUCGCACUGCCGACCAACUUUCGUCUCCCUUGACCCCAGCACAUUCGAAAACCCGGUCCCCGUUGGAAGCGUCCUGUACAUGAGCGCCGGGGUCGCAUAUACCGAGCCCCUCCAGUCACACCAAGAGGGCGGCAAGGAGUCGUCGAGCUACACCAAGGUUCACAUCCGCGUGGAAACCAAGGUGCGAGACGUCGAGCAUGUCACGAAAAAAUCAACGGGUGUUUUCCACUACUCGUUUAUCGUGCCCAGAAAAGUCCAGGUUAUGCCCAUGACGUAUAUUGAUUACAUGGUGUGGCUCGAUGCUCGGCGCAGAGCACAAAAUCUCGACCCCAUUAUUGCUUCGCGGUUCACCGAAGAUGCGGCGUCGGGGCGGUUAGAGGGUGUUACUGAGUAG